UUUUUUUUUUUAUAAAAUCCGAAAGAAAUGAAAAAUCAAAAUUCGUCAACUGGGUCUGGGUAGUUUCUCCUUGGUUUCGUCUACAAAGCUCCUGAAUCUUUAAUUAUUGCCCUAAUUUUUCCAUACAGUUUGGGGAAGAUCAUCCUUUUCGUUUUCGUAGAGGAUCAUCUGGCGAAGGAGUCGUAGAAAGAAAAAGAAAAGAAAUGGGGCCGGGUGUGGGUUUGUCUCCGGCCAAACAAGCGGAGCAACUUAGGAAAGACGGGAAUCAUUACUUCAAAAAAGGUCGUUUUGGAGCCGCCAUAGAUGCUUAUACUGCGGCAAUUACCCUUUGUCCAAAUGUGCCUGUAUAUUUGACGAAUCGUGCUCUAUGCCAUCUCAAGCGGAAUGAAUGGACAAAAGUAGAAGAUGAUUGUCGAAAAGCUAUUCAGCUUGACAAAGGCUCAGCUAAGGGCCAUUAUAUGUUGGGACUUGCUUUAAUGGAGAGGAAAGAACAUGCAGAAGGAAUUAGGGAAUUGGAGAAGGCUUUGGACCUUGGGAGGGGUGCUGACCCCAACAGUAAUAUGGUGGAGGAGAUUUGGCAAGAGCUUGCAAAAGCAAAAUACACGGAGUGGGAGCAUGCAUCUACGAAGCGUUCAUGGGAAUUGCAAAAUUUGAAAGAAGCUUGUGAAAUCGCACUCAAACAGAAAUACUCCCUUGAUGAUUAUGAAACAGAGGGGUUUCUUGAUGAAGCUUCUGCAUCUCUAAUUAAGCAGUUAAAGACUUUAGAAAGAGUUUUCCAGAUAGCUCAAGAUGCAGACACACUACAAGAGGUGCCAGAUUACCUAUGUUGUAAAAUUACACUAGAUAUAUUCCGUGAUCCGGUCAUCACUCCUAGUGGCCUUACAUACGAGCGAUCUAUUAUUAUGGAGCAUAUCUCAAAGGUGGGUAAAUUUGAUCCAAUUACACGCGAGCCGCUUGAUGAAGAGCAGCUAGUUCCAAACUUAGCCAUAAAGGAAGCUGUUCAAGCCUUUUUGGGUAAACAUGGUUGGGCUUAUAGGACAGACUGAAAAAAGGUUGACAUCUCCUUUGGCGCCUGUGGAGUUGACAGCCUUUUAAAGUUCAGCGUGUGUUUUCUGGUUGUAGUUCGAGUCUCUGAAGCGUCGGGUAACUGGUGUCUUUCCUUUUUAGUCUUUAAUAUGGGGCUUUGAUUGCAAUCAUACUCAAGGUCAUGCAUAUGUAUUUGUACAGAAUAUAUUCUUAGAACCGAUUACCUAGCAGCUUGUACAGAUUUGGUGAACUUUUCUAUUUGAUGAGCAAGUAUUAUAAGAUCA